GCUUUUCUCUCUUCUUUUCUCUCCGUACUCUUACCCCCGCAGGUCGCAGCUAUGGCGGAGGACGCCCCCAACGCAGCCGCCGAGGGCGGCCAGCCCGCUCCUCCCGAGGGAUCUGCCGAUGCCGCCCCGUCGGCUACUGCGGGCGCCAAGGCCGCGGAGGCGCUGCUCCCGUCGCUCAGCAUCUGGCCGCCGUCGCAGCGCACGCGCGACGCCGUGGUGCGCCGCCUCGUGCAGACGCUCGCGGCGCCCAGCGUCCUCUCCCAGCGCUACGGCGCCGUCCCGGAGUCCGAGGCCGAGCGCGCCGCCGCGGCCGUCGAGGCCGAGGCUUUCGCGGCCGCCUCCAAGUCCGCCGCCGCCGAGUCCCCGGCCUCUAUCGAGGAGGGGAUUGAGGUGCUCCAGGCGUACUCCAAGGAGGUCAGCCGCCGCCUCCUCGAGCUUGCCAAGACCCGGUCCGCCGCUGCGACGGUGCCCGCCGAGGGGAGCGCGCAGGAGGCCGAGGACUCGUCGGCGACUUCUCCAGCCGCCGAGGAGGCUGCCGUAAAAGAGGAGUAAGGCUUCGGCCCGUGCUUUGAUCCACCGACAGUUGUUGUUAUUUUGGCAUUUCGUCGGAAUGUUAUUCAUCGUCCCCCCUGAUGUUUGUUCCACGAACAUAUAGUAUUAAGUUAUAUAUCAACCGCGCGUCCUUUGCAUUGCAUAUGUGAAGGUUGCUCGUGUACGUUUUCACUA